AUGGCGAGCGGAAGCCACAUGCAUAAUUUCACCACCCUCAUCAAGCGGCUCGAGGCGGCGACCUCCCGCUUGGAGGAUAUGGCCAUGUCCGUCGAAGAGCCCAGCAUCCCCAAGAACCUGAGUGGUACUGCUACUGCGGCACCUGCGACCCCGGAACCUCCCAAGCCUUCUCCACCUCCGCCCGCAGCUCCCGUGGCGCCGCAAAUCCCGCCGCAGAUUCAAGAUUUCGAUGCAUUGAUCAAGGGAGAUGUCCAGAACUUCGUGAAGCUGGGUGCGAAGAUCGGUGGCUUGGUGGAAGAGCAGUCCAAAGCCGUUCUGCAAGCAUUCGAGGCUGAGCGUACCUACCUUUUCGUCGCAACCAAGGCCAAGAAGCCCGAACCUCAACCCAUUGAACUCAUGACGGAUCUGCAUAAGGCAUCGGACUGCAUCAACAAUAUUCGAGAGUCAAACCGUGCCUCGCCAAUGUUCAACCACUUGAGUGCUGUUGCUGAGGGCAUUGUCGCUCUAGGAUGGUUCUUCGAGACUAAGCCCGCAAGCUUUGUCGAAGAAAUGAUUGGUGGUAUUCAGUAUUACGGCAACAAGGUUCUCAAGGAUUUCAAGGAGAAGGACCGAACACACGUCGAGUACAUUCAAGCCUACUACCAAAACUUCAAGGGCCUCUCUGCCUUCCUGAAGAAGCAUUACCCCACAGGAUUGACCUGGAACAAUGACCGGCACUGGCGCCGUUCCUCCCCCUCCCCCUCCUCCCCCGUCCCAUCUGUAAAUGUUCCCGGUGCUGGUGCCCCUCCACCGCCGCCUCCCCCAGGUGUUCCUCCUCCACCCCCUGCCCCUGCUGCUCCGGGCGCAGACAUGUCUGCUGUCUUUGAUCAGCUGAACCAAGGCGAGGCCAUCACCUCUGGUCUGCGCAAGGUCGAUAAGUCGGAGAUGACCCACAAGAACCCUGGUCUACGUGCCAACUCUACUGUGCCCGAGGGCUCCAGCGCUUCUCGGAGCAAGUCACCCGCGCCAAACAAGAAGCCCAAGCCCGAGAGCAUGCGUGCUCGCAAGCCGCCGCGCAAGGAACUGGAGGGUAGCAAGUGGCUGGUGGAGAACUUCGACAGCGCAGAGGAUAUUAUCGAGAUUCCUGCGCAGAAGAACCAAUCUAUCCUCAUCUCGCGCGUCAACAAGUCUAUCAUCAAGAUUCCCGGCAAGGCGAAUGCUAUUGCCAUCGACAACUGCACCGGUCUUUCCAUCAUCGUUGAUUCCCUGGUGAGCAGCUUGGACGUCGUCAAGUCGCCCAAGUUCGCUCUGCAGAUCGACGGUGUCGUUCCUACCGUUCUUCUGGACCAGGUUGAUGGCGCUACCAUCUAUCUGGGCCAGCAAAGCCUUGCCACCGAGAUCUUCACCAGCAAGUCUUCUGCCGUUAACAUCAACCUUCCUCCCAAGGAAGGUACCGAUGAUGACACCAAGGAGUGCCCUGUCCCCGAGCAGUUUAAGAGCUACAUCAAGGACGGGGUGCUUGUAACCGAGAUCGUCGAGCACGCUGGCUAA